UCUCAUUCUUGUCCAACGGGGGAAAUAAAGGAAGGAAAGCCGAAGCAGAGACUCCAAGGAAUCAGUCACCUUCUUUUAGAUAUCUCAAAUAGUCUCCCCUCAUGGAGCUUCUGAUGCGCCGUUCUCUCGUCAACUUCUGAUGUCCCUCCUUUCACUGGUCUUCCAUACCACCCUGCAAUCGUCGCACGUCAGAUUACUCCCAUCUACCCUAUUCCUACCACACCUGGCAUGAUGGAUGGAGGAGAUAGUACCCAUGCAAGAAACUCAGAGGAGAUGGGCCACAAUGGCACCGCAGAAGCCGCAGCUGAAUCUCCUGGGAUGAACAACUCAACAGCUCCCGCGAGAGAGCUUCCAGACGACUUGCCAAAGUCUCUGGACGAUCGUCGAUCAAUACCGGCUUUUCAACCAGAAACUGAGAUGUAUGAUGCAUGGCAAGGCCAAUCUCAAUUCCUCACCACUCCCUUGACUGCGAAACCCUUAAGUUUCAAUCUAGCGCUUGACGAACACUCGCACGACUAUGAAAACUACUCCUCCCGCGCCUUUCCCGGCGACGAUAAUGAAUCUACAACCACUGCUCGGAUCGAGGAUAGCGAUGCUCGGCUAAUGGAGAUGCUGGCUGCGCAAGCUGCUCACCGAGAAGUGGACUCUUUAGCUGCAGAUGAAGACAGUAUUGCUACUGAUGAGAAGUUGACGGAUGCCGAGAAGAGGGAUAUCCUGCAGAGAAGUCUAAAUAUGGCUGCUAGCAAUGGUGAUAUGGCACGUGUGCAGAAGUUGCUUGGGGGUAAAGCAAAGGAAUAUGUUGAUGUGAAUAUGCCAGAUGAGGAGGGCACAGUGCCAUUGAUCUAUGCUAGUUGCUUUGGCCAUCAAGAUGUUGUAUCCGCCCUUCUGGAUGCCGGGGCUUUUGUUGAUAAACAGGACCGCAAUCAAUGGAGUGCCCUUAUGUGGGCGAUGACAAACCGGCACAAAGCGAUCGCGAAGAUUCUUCUGGACCAUGGAGCCUCUCCGGAUAUCAAGUCAUCGUCUGGUGGUACGGCGUUUGACUUUGCUCAACCGGGGAGCGAGAUUUCCGAAUACCUUCAUCAAAACGGCUAUCAUCUUGGGCCCAGUACUAUUGAAGAUGACUUCUACGACAAUGGAUUUGGACCCGGUCGUUUCGAAGAGGAAAUAGCGGAGAACGAGAUGAAACGGCGGAUGAUGAUGGAAGAAAGUGCGAUUAACUUGGAGGUUGACUUGUCGAGUCUUGGGCUUGAUGAGAAAUUGGACUUAGAUGAGGAAGAAUUUGAAGAAGAGCAACAAGAAUUUGUUUGGGAUCGAUGCUUGAACGACCAGAUGUUUGUCUUUCAGGAAAACGAGCUCGGUCGGAUAUUGGAUAUCAUCAUCACUAAUAUGACACCGCAGCGAUCGCCAUCUCAAAAGCCAGUACCCGCCAACCUUCUUUUCCUUAGUGCACGCUAUGCACAUUAUCAUGCGAGUCCUGAGUUACUUGAGAAGCUCCUGAUCACUGCAGCUGAUAAGAUCAACGAUGUCGUCGAACGGCAUCAGUGGGACAUGACUAUAUUAGCAUUCUGGAUGUCGAACGCAACCCUGCUACUCCACUACCUCAAGAAGGAUCCCGGAUUGCUGGAGGCGACGGUGGAAUUUCAAUUGCACCUUGCGGAAUUGAUUCAGGAAAUUUUCAUUCUUAUUAUCCGAGAUGCUGAGCGAAGGAUUAACAAGGUCCUAGAUGAAGCGAUGCUGGACCAUGAGACAAUUCCCGGUCUCGAAGAUGUUCACUUCCAGAACGAGUGGAAGAUCUUCCGGUCAAAGUCGAAGGCAAAGCCCCCGGAGCCGGCAGAGAAGCGUUUUCGGCCGCCAUCACCGAGACGCAGAGCUCAAAUUUCACCCCGAAAUGUUACCUCUUUACUAUCAUCAACGCUCUUCGUGCUAGACCUUUAUGACGUGCACUCAGUCAUCACAACGCAGAUUCUUUCACAGCUCUUCUACUGGCUUGGCGCAGAGCUUUUCAAUCGGAUCAUGACCAACAAACGAUACCUUGCGCGGACUAAGGCGAUGCAGAUUCGAAUGAACGUGUCGACAUUGGAGGACUGGGCACGGGCAAAUAACCGCCAACCGGAACACUAUGAAAACGGAUCCACCACAUGCACAGGAGAGGGCAUCAUGGAUACAGCCCGUAGACAUCUUGCCCCUGUGAUCCAGCUGCUCCAGUGGCUGCAGUGCUUCUCAUCACUCGGAGAUGACUUCGAAUCUCUCGUUACUACUUUGUUACAGCUACAGCAGCUGACUCCAGCGCAACUUCUACACGCCGUAAAGUCAUAUCGACCGGAGGUGGGAGAGAAGGGUCUCACAAAGGCAGCAACGAAAUUUCUCAUUGACCUCCAGCGGGAUCCCAACCUCCUAUAUCAGGCGCAGUGGAAAUUGGACAUGGAAGAACAGAAGAAGAAGGGUGUAUCGGAAACCGAAGUACCCAACUCGCCGACGGAAACGCAACAGCAACAGCCGACAUCACCAGUACAACAAAAACACAUACCACCCACACCCGAAACUCCGCGAACGCCGAAUCCCCCCACCACCAACCCCCUCUCACCUGCAUCCGUAUCAUCGACACGCCCAGCCUCAUGGACGAAACUCGACAUGGACUCCACGAGCGUGUAUCUAGACCCGUCUCUCACACUGCCCUUCUCCCUACCGACUAGCACAGACAUGCUGAUCAGCUACGGCGCUGGAUGGGGCGGCACUAACCGGGAACGAGCCCGAAAAUACAUCCCUACUGUUCCACCGGAGGUGCUGAGCAGAUUUGAUCGGUGAAAAGAACCGAUCAGGGGUGAUUACAGGACGGAGUAAGGGGGCUUCGUAAUUCAUUUACCGAGGUUGAGCGAUACCCUUGUCUGUUGAACUAGUUGCAUUGAAUUGACUUGACUUGAAUUGCAUUGCAUUGGUUCGGGUUGGAUCUAGAUGGGAGGAGAUGAUUUGCUACAUUUGCAUGGUUUGUACAUAUGAAUCUGCGUGGAUCUUAAUGGUGGUCUUUUCCCACAUGCACGUGAAUAAAUAGCGGAGGUCGUCUAGAAGAACGCCCAGCUAUGCAGGAAGAGUGUAUCUUGCAUACCCUCUUUUACUCUGGAAGGGAAGCGAAAGCGCCGACUGCUGCAGGGAAUCGAUAAUUAACAUAGUACAUGAUAGAUGGAAUGUGGGAAGGACCCCCUCUGUACGAAUCAGGCAAGCUAAGCGAAGUCCAGCACCUGGGUGCCCUUUUUGGAGACUGCACGGCUCCACUUGCAGCACUACUAGUGACGAUGAAAGAAAGAAAGAAUAAACCGUGUCGGAGGAGUAACAUGUACUCCGUACGCAGAUAUGACAUAGAACAAGCCGAUUAUUGCUUCUGUUUUAAAGUUUCUGCGGGUCCUUCCCGAUCAGGGCUAGCGCGCGGGCUCCCGACC